CACACUUGCUCACACCACCAGCACGAGAGAGAGAGAGAAAGAGAGAGAGAGAGGAGUGCAGGGAGGAGCUGUGUGCAGAUGUUCCUCCAGUGGAUCACUAACUCUGUGUGAACUUCCAUCUCCAUGAUCUUCUUCUUUUUAUCUUCUUCACACGGCUUCUGCUCCGAUGUCACACUGAUCUUUUUCUUUAAUCUGUAAGAGUGUAUUUUCCUCCGGUAUAAUUGUCUCGUUUGCGCGGAGCGACACACACACACACACACACACACACACGCACGCAGAGAUUUCGGGACAGAGUUAAAGUGAGUUACUGGUGUGAAAGAGCGUCUGGAAGUCAGAGGAAGAAUGAAAGUCCGGAGAGACGAGCUUCAAUGAAAUAAUGGUUUCAUUCAUCAGUGGUAGAUGGUGGAGAUGGAAGUUCUGGAAUGUUCUCCAGGUGUCACUGAUUCUGCUGUGUGCUGUGAGGACAGUGCUGAGCUGCCAGGGUCCGUGCGACGAGACGCUAACGUCCUCCAGCGGGAUCUUUACGUCUCCCUGCUACCCAAGUGACUAUCCUUCGAGCCUGACCUGUACGUGGACUCUGCAGGCUCCGGCCGGCUUUGUCCUGCAGCUCACCUUCAUGGACUUCGAGCUGGAGGAGGCUCAGGGCUGCAUCUACGACAGCGUGGUUGUCAGCACGGGCGUUAAGUUUUGUGGCCUGACGGCUAACGGACUCACGCUCAACUCCAGCACCAACGUCAUGGUGGUGACCUUUAACUCUGAUUUUAGUGUCCAGAAGAAAGGCUUCAGUAUCAGUUACAGUCAAGUUGCAGUGGCUCUGAGAAACCAGAAGGUGACGGUGCCUCAGAACUCCAAGGACGUGGUAAGAGUGUCCAGCACGGUGUCCAUCCCUGCACUGAGUCAGUUCACGGCCUGCUUCGAGAUUGCUGGUCAGACGCAGACGGGAUCGGGGAUCAUCUUCUCUUACACGGAUAAAGAACCCCACCUGACCUUCGGCAACAGCGGGAACACCAUGGACCUGAUCAUAGGCAACGCCACGUGUCCGGUUAACGAUUUAGUCACGUUAGCUGACUUCACUGCCAGCAUGCAGCCGUUCUGCCUCACCUGGUCCAGCACAAACGGCGCUGUGGGCGUGUACUUCAGAGGCAGUUACCAGGUGAAGUUCUGCUCGAGCUCCGUGGGCUUGAGAACCGUGAUUGGAGGCUCCUUUGAGCUCGGCCGAGGAAAAAAACAGGGCCAAAACUUUGAGGGCCUCAUCUACAACUUCCGCCUGUGGAAUUCAGCCAUGACCUACCCUGAGCUUUCUGCUCUCACCUGCGACACUGUGGGGAACGUGGUGGACUGGGACAACAGCUUCUGGGAAAUUCCAGCCUCGUACGCUCAGACCGACUCCAGCCUCAGCUGCAACUGUUUCCCACAGUGUGUACAUUUAACAACAACGCUUUCCUCAAGCGGCACCGCUGUUCCAGUGACCACCUCCCAAACCAACAGCUGUGUGUCCUCAGGAGUGAGCUGCCCAGCAUCUCUAACUACUACCACCUCAUCCAUUGUCAACACUAACACCAUUCCUACUAAUGCAAGAACCAACGAGAAAGGGACAGCUGUGAUUUUUUGGUCAUUGUUGCGGCUACCUCCACGCUCAGCAGUUAUAUCCUCAGCUCCUCCUCCUUCUCAGCCUCCGGUUGCUCCUUCUGGUCGCAGUUCCAAAACCUCUCUUGGCUUUAUCUCCACCCCUCUCAUUUGGCCUGUAAGAAAGAAACCAGAGACCACAGUAACACAGGCCCCUAAAUACCCUGCUAUACAUAUGACUAAAGCACCUCCCUUAGCGACGAAAAGCAUGACGUACGUGUCUCCUGAAGCUCUAACCAAUGCCAAGAAAACUAACUUCACAACUAGAAGGCCAACUUAUUCCCACGUACUGUGGCCACAUAACCAGACUGAAAAAGUUGAGUCCUUCCCGGUUGUAUCAGUCAGUAAUCGUAAGAAUAAACCAUUGACUCCACAGUGGGACUUGAGUGAGAGCAACGAGAACAGCUCUGAAGAACUCGACUUUCCAUCAGGGUUUGGCUCAGAAUCAUUUCUCUAUGAUAUUGAUUUAGAUGAAAAUCUUUUCAGUUUAUUUGAAUUCGAUGCUACUUACUCUCUGGAUGAAGGUCUGGCCACAACUAGCCCGAACAUAUCGCUGUUAGAAAUGGCAAGUGCUCCUACUACCAAAGACAAAGACUCCUUUGAGCAAGCUGAAACACAGGACAGCAUGAUGCUUAUCAAAGCUCCAGGAGGGUCAGAUGUGCAAACGAACCAAUCUGGACUGAGCAGACUAACUGGACAAACAACAGAUCCUCCCUCCCUCUCAAGACCAUCAAUACCCCCAGCCUUCUCAGGUCUAAUGAGAACUGUGCACUGGGAUCUCCCAGAGGUAACAGGUACUCAGUGCAUCUUUACAGAUGUUAGAAGGUAUCACCAAGGGUGUGUCAAGGUGUCACUUCUGUCACCAACAGUCAUUGUGCAUGGGCAGACAGGAACUUUAGAGGAACAGUAUAAAUUCACAGAAACCACUCCUGGCAUAGCUGCCUCACUAAAGUAUCCCUCUGAUUAUAUCGUUCAUCAAACAAAAUUGUUCACAGAACCUUUGACAGUCGAUCAGUACCCUUCUCAAAGCAGCAAUCCCUUCAGAGCAGAAGCACCAAGCCCAGUGCCUGCAGUGGAGGUUCAUCAUAAAUACACUAUCAGGCCCAGUCCACUGUCACUUGCUGCUCUUUCCUCAACUCCAACAUUUGGCACCUCUGAAAGCUUCCGUGCCUCUGGUGCAAAAGAUAAUGGAGACCUGGCUCUGCCUCCAUCAGAGAAUCUAUUAAUCUCAACUCACAACCCAGUCAACUUUAACUCUUUGAAUACCCCUAGCUUUGUUGCUUCCUACUUGGUCACUGAGAGUACAGUUGCUGAAUCGUUGGUGGUCGGUCUGUCUACAUUAGAUCCACUUCAGGGUCUGGAGCCAUCACAUGUAAACAGACCUCUUGAGCCUCCAUACAGACAAAAAGACAAUAAUCCUUCAGGGGUUGAUCAGUGGGGUCUGUCACAUGUCUUUAAUAUAUCUGUCAUUGUCAGGUCUGAGAUCCUGACAGACAAGUGGGACAUCUCUCCUUCCUCACCCCUAAAUUCACAGCUUGAAAUGAGAACACAGAGGAACGAUGGAUUGCUCACGCUCAGCUCUGACAACAAUUUUGACUCAUCUCCUGCUUUACUGGAUGCCUUGAAAGGCACAGAGGAGGACAGUGUGACUGAGGCAGGGGGCUAUGCAGGAAAUCCAGCAGCUCGGUCAGUCUCAUUACCCUCACCGUCCCUCUCACACUCCAUCCCUCUGGACUUCCAGAGAGGACUGUCUGUAUCUCAGAGUGGAAAGAGGACUUCAGAUUAUUCUGAUGACUCUCACGAGCAUUCAGAACUACUUGCAGAUGAAUCUGUAUACUCUUUUCAGUCUGAGGAGGAUGUUGAUGAAUCCACCACCAUUCUAGAGACUCAACUUUUCCCUGACUUAUCAGCUAAUAGUGACAUGUAUACGAGGACCUACAGUGACAUUAGCACUAGCAGACCACAAAUUCCAAUUAAUCCAUCAAGGACUUACAGCCACGAUAGAACAGCUGUCUCCAGUAGUUCUGAAAGGAGUCGGAUCUCCAGUACAGCCGUUACAGAGGACACUGGAGCCCAUACACUCACUAUCUCACAAUCUAAGCAGCUGAGUAAGGAUAGCUCUCUGAUCUCCAGCUCAGUUUCCCCAGUGACCUCAGUCUGGACUGUGGAUGUUCCACAUCUACCAAAUACACAACAUGAACACAUGCCAGGUUUUCCUCAUGUACCCAGUGCUUCCACCUUUCCCAGCAGACUGUCAUGGCCUUCAACAUUAGAAGCAAGUGUACAUAGCCUUGCUCUAGACAUUCACCCAGUGGAUACUAGCUUUGUAAGUGCGGACCUUCAGGAUACUAAACAUGCUCAGUUCUCAACAACAGAGCAGCUUUUUUGGUCUGAGAAUGAAUCAGCAAAGCCCUCCAGCAACAGCAACAAUGUCCCGAUUGUUCGUCCCAUCACCACAGAUAGAGAAAUGCAUCCAUCUCCCCCGACUGCUUACGACCAGUCCUUUGUCUCCACAAAUGGCACGCUUCCUCUGGCUUCCCCUCCUCAGGGAGUCAUUGCAGACUUACACUCAGUGCCCACUGAUGCCACCCAUGGAACCUCUACAGACACCUCUGAAAUUAUCCCAUGCCCAUGUAAAACGUUUUUUUACAGUUCUUGUGAUUGUGGACUUUCAUCUGGGAACAGUAUGUUUUCCAAUAACGACUUUAGAUCUUAGAAAGAGAUGUAGCUCCUGUAGCUCAAUCAUAUCUUUGCUGCUGAUCACAGAAUGAUGGUGUAGCGGGGAGAAAUAAUCAGCUUGUCCUCUUGUCCAGAUUUCAGAAAGAUCUUGAUUGUGUUUUAGUGGAAGUAGAUAGAUAUUAACAGUAGUUUUUGCACACAAAAAAACCCAACCAAUUUCUCUAUGUUCUUCAUGCUGCAGUAGCUUCUCCAUCUGAUUUUUUGUUUUCUUUCUUAGGAGACCGCUCUACCAAAUGUUUCUAGAUCUUUCACAUGUUUAAAAGAAUGAGCUGUGUGAGAACUUGCUGCUUAAUAGAUUGCUUUGUGGUGAAUGUGUUUAUCUUCCUGUAGUCUCCUAAGAAGGUUGUGGCAUGGAGUAGAGAUGCAUUGAGUUCUAAUCCUACACUAACAUUGUGAAGCGUGACCGCCAUCGUGUGAUGACUGUGGGGCACAGCAGGCUGCUUCACACAACUCAAGCGUUUGAAAGACCCGUAUUCUAAACCUUGUCCAUUUUUAUCCUUUUAAAAUACACAGCCUGUUUUUACUCUGCCUUAAGAAUUAAUUACUCAUAAUACCUCUGACCUGUGACUUGUGCACACCUGUGUAGAAUAAACCAGGAAAUAAAUAUAGAUAGAUAAAUAGAUAAAUAUAUAUAUAUAUAUAUAUAUUUGCUACACAAAUACACUGUUAUAUGUUGAGUAAACAGACAAGCUGUAAUGGUACUCCAGAAAGUCUCCCAACUAGUGCAAUUCUACAAAAGUGAGAUGUAUUUAUUUUUAAUUAUGAUUUGCUCUGUGGUCUAAUUUCGGCAUUUCUGCAAAUGUUCUGUAAGUUGCUGUAGUGAUAUCACAACUACAGUGGAACCUUGGCGUACAAAUGUCCUUCCUUAUGAAUUUUUGCUUGAAGAAUUGAAAUUCUGCAAGAAAUAUGCAUCAGCAUACCGAACUGAAUGCCGGCUAAGUUGCACGUAUGUCAACUUGUUAGCAUUAGUGGAAAGCCAAGUGAAGCCAACCAAAGUGAGUUUACGAAUUUUAUGAAAACAUUUUUCAGUCAGUGAAAGCUGUUGGAAAGAGUUAACCCACGCUACCAUCGGUGCCUUUGGCAUGCGUUCAAAAGCUAGGUGAUUUUUGGGGUGUUUUUUUGUUGACAGAUUGGUGACAUGGGUGGUCUGUUCUAUUUUUAGUCCAGGCUUGGUGGCACGACUUCCUGUGAGGACCCUUGACAUGGAAUGCUUGGCUUGGGUCAGUUCUUUGUACACAGCCGUACAGUUUACAUACGCUUCGUAUUGAGAAUAUUGGUCAUAUUUUUGAGGCGGCUGGAACAGAUUUUCCAGAACGAAUUAAAUUCCUAUGUCAAGGUUCCACUGUAUACAGUAUUUAUAACUAGCAGUCCACUUUGUUAUGUUUAUAAUCUAUGGAUUAAGAAAAUCAGGUUUCUGUAAUACGGGCCCUUUAAAUGAGUAAAGAUUACGCAUUUUUGGACAGGAUUAUACAAUAAAGCGUAAAUGCUAAGUGGACAGGAUUAAUCAGUUAACUAAGGUUUAUUUCAUUCUUAAAGUGUCCUCUCUUUAUUUUCCUCCUGCUGUGCUUCACAGUCUACUGCACUACUAAAAGAUUUUUACCACUACUAACUUUCGCCAUGUUUAUUCCCGUUAAUAAACUGAUCUUUAUUUCUAUUUGACU